UACAAGCUUGUUUUGCUUGAGUGAAACAGAGGGACCACAGCUGGACAACAGUAAGCAUGCUGGGUUCCUCGGUUCUUGUUUUAAUAUGCAUCUUGCUCGUAUUCUUCCUUAUCCGGAUCCAGAGACCAAAAAAUUUUCCUCCAGGACCUCCUCCUCUUCCUUUAUUUGGAAAUCUGCUUCACUUCAACCUUGCAAAUCCUUUGAAGGAGUUUGAAAGAUUUGCAGAAAAAUAUGGGAACAUUUUCAGCCUGUACACUGGACCGAGGCCAGCAGUUUUUCUGAACAGUUUUGAGGUUAUUAAGGAAGCUCUGGUUACCAAAGCUCAAGACUUCUCAGGUCGACCUCAAGACUUCAUGAUCAGUCAUCUCACGGAGUGUAAAGGUGUUGUGCUGGCUGACUAUGGACCCCUUUGGAAGGACCAUCGGCGCUUUGCUCUCAUGACCCUGAGGAAUUUUGGUCUAGGGAAGCAGUCCAUGGAGGAGAGAAUUCUGAAAGAAGUUUCACACGUUGUUGGUUACCUUGACAAAAACACAGGUAAAACAGUGGAUCCUCAAGUUAUGUUCCACAAUGUUGCUUCAAAUGUUAUCAGUCUGGUUCUGUUCGGACGCCGUUUUGAUUACAACAGUGAAACCCUUCAGUGCUACAUUCAGCGAAUUACUGAGAUUUCAAAGAUCCUCAAUGGACCCUGGAACAUGAUAUAUGACACAUUUCCUUUAUUGAGAAUCCUGCCCCUGCCUUUUAAAAAAGCAUUUGAUCAUGUGAAGGUAUUAAAAGGUAUGAAUCUGAAGCUGAUUGACGAACACAAGAGCACAAGAGUCCCAGGAAAGCCCAGAGACUUCAUUGACUGCUAUCUUGAUGAGCUUGAUAAGAGAAAAAAUGAUGUUUCCACCUUUUCCGAAGACCAGCUCCUCAUGUAUACUUUGGAUCUGUACUUUGCAGGGACCGACACCACUUCUAACACCCUCCUCACUGCUUUCCUCUACCUCAUGAACCACCCAGAGGUGCAAGUAAAAUGCCAGCAAGAGAUUGAUGAUGUUCUGGAGGGUAAAGAUCAGGCGUCAUAUGAAGACCGAGACAAUAUGCCGUACACACAGGCUGUGAUUCAUGAGGUUCAGCGUGUCGCUAACACUGUACCACUAAGUGUGUUUCACUGCACCACAAAAGACACAGAGCUAAUGGGCUACAACAUCCCAAAGGGAACCUUAAUCAUUCCCAACCUCACUAUCGUCCUAAAAGAAGAAGGUCAGUGGAAGUUUCCUCACGAGUUCAACCCAGCAAACUUCCUGAAUGAGCAGGGCCAGUUUGAGAAGCCUGAGGCCUUCAUACCCUUCUCCACAGGUCCUCGUGUGUGUCUGGGUGAGGGUCUGGCCCGUAUGGAGCUCUUCUUGGUUUUUGUCACUCUGUUGCGGCGUUAUCAGUUUCUGUGGCCCAAAGAUGCAGGGAAACCAGAUUACACCCCUGUAUUCGGGCUCACCAUGACACCCAAACCCUACAGAAUGCACAUCAGGCAGAGAGACAUGGUUAAACAGUGAAUCUUAAUGCUGACAGUACUGCUGCAUAUAAAGUUGCAGGUAAUCAAUUAUAACAGUCAGGCCCUGGAGGUAAAAAUUCAGUACAUUUUUUUUUUCUGUAGAUACAUUAACAAUAAAAUGAGAGGGGUCUGGCUGCAGACUCAGUGCAGAUGCAAUCUGAAUUGCAUGCAAUGCUUUUGAAUGGGCUCACCUAACCCCAGCCCUAACCCUACCCGUCACUGUGACGUCACUAACUCCAUUGAGUGCAUUGUGUCUGACAUUGCAUCUCUGAGCGAUGCAAUCACAGCUUGCAUCCUAAAGGCUGCAUCCAGAUACUAUUAAAUAAAAUUGUAAUCUUUUAACAUGGUACUUUUGUCUUUUCAACCAACACAAUAAAGGUCUAAUCAAUAA